UGCCACUUUUCCAGCGUGUCCAAUUGGAUGCCUUAUAAGGAGAGCCGUGAUCGGUUCCGAUGAGAAACAUCCCUUCUUUCACUCCUGACCUCUACCUCUACUGACCUUCAGCGGAUACACUUUUCUAAACAUCUACUUUUCUCUGUGAUUUUCUUUUUUUCACGAUGAUUCAUUUAUCCGUUUCGCAGCUUUCGUCAUCCAAGCCACCAUUUUUAUCAAGCUUUUUCUCGAGAGGAGGCUGACUCCUGCCGUUUCCCGAUAAAGUUUUCAGAGACAUUGUAUGUUUAGUUGCUGGAACCGAGGAGACUGCUUGGGCUUCCAUUUUUUCCGCUAUUUUUCUAUCGCGCUUUUUUCUGUUAGUUCUUAUUAUACAGUCGUUUUCUUUUCUCAGUUUCUAUCUUUCUACCUCUUUGCUGCGCUCCUUCCUUUCUGUCAGAUACACCGGUGCAACAUUAUUUUACUUCAGCUGCUUUUCAUUGUUUUCUUUUUGGGCACCAACUGAGAAUACACAGCAAUUUCCCUGCUUUUGUUCCCAUCUUUAAUUUUUUAUUGCUGGAGUUUUACCAUCCCCGUAGAAGGCAGAGCUCAUAGCAAGCUUGGUUACCAAAGUGAAUCCCAAUUGGCUGUCUUAGUUGUUUUCCGUUUUGGACAAAAUGUGGUCUACUUUUUUUGUGACCGAUGAGGAGGGCCACACGGUGGCCCCGGUGGCACCGGGAGCAGUGGUAGGGGCUUCACCAGGAGCAGCGGCCCAGGGUGCGGGGGGCCUGGCCAGCCUGAUGAGCGGACGCAGUACGUUUGGGGGGAACAAGCGCCGCAGGACAACGACAGCGGGACACACCAUGAGUGAGGCCCAGGAAGGAAAGAUCAAGUUGGCGUUCUUUGUGGCCAUCGUGGGUGUAGUCCUGACAGUGCUCGGGGUGGGGACAGAGUUCUGGGUGGAGCUGGCCCCCCCGAAGAGUUUCUAUAACAAUCAGACAUGCCUGACAGCUCACUACGGCCUGUGGAAGGGCUGCACCAAGACCCUAUGGGUGGCUGAUAUCGACCCAGAGAGAGCGAGCUGUGGCCCCGCCGAACUGCCCGGAGAAUCAAACUGCACCUACUUCAAGUUCUUCACCACGGGGGAAAAUGCUGUGAUGUUUCAGAAGACAACGCAGAAGAAUCUGAAUGUAGCGGCUGCCAUGUUGGCCAUGUUCAGCCUGUUCCUCAUGGUGAUGGGGGCCAUAUGCAUCACCAUGUCUCUCAGUAAAGAAAUCCUGUUCUUCCUCAAGCCGGCAUCAGUCUGCUUCAUUCUGUCAGGCGUCCUGGUGCUUCUCUCUCUCCUGGUUUUCCACCAGUCAGUCCUGGCCUUCCUGGCCAGCGACCACACGGUUCCCCUCCACCACGAGCUCUCCUGGUCAGUGUCGUGCAUCGGCUGUGCGGGGGCCGUCCUCAUCGUGGGCGGGAUCCUCUUCCUGCUGCUAGUGCUGCCCUACAGCCUCUGGCAGAGGUGUCUCCCUCAGAAGGACAGCAGCAGCUAGUGGCCCGGCGGUGGUGUUGCACUUUAUGUUUCCCAAAGACGUCUUAGCAAACGGAUUUUUCUGAAUAUCUAUGGGCAUGUGCAAAAUUUGCAAUCGACUUACCCACCAAUGAGAACUGUCACGAGAAGGAUCAAAUAUCUACUUCUUAAAUGGGUCACUGUUAAAGGAUUCACUCAUAGAUCCCAUGAUCCAAAUCUGUUCUUUUCACAACAAUAUUAUUGGUUAGAGUAAAAAAAACCCUCUAUAUUUUGUUAAAUUUGCAACCAAGCAGGUGAUUUCGAUCCCUGAGCUGCACAGUAUAUACGGGUAAAAGUCAAUAUCAGAUC